AUGAGCUCAUUCAUGACCGUCGUCUGGAUCGCGAUGAUCUGCGCGAUCGCAGCGACCGCCGGGUGGAUGUUCACGCCCAGGGGGAAGAACCAGGCAUUGAUCCGGAGUAGCAUCGCGCUCACUAUCACCUGCUGCUACCUGAUGUGGGCUAUCACCUUCCUGGCCCAAUUACAUCCUUUGAUCCAACCACACAAGACGGGAUUACGGUGGGAGAAUUAG